AUUCGAACACAUCAUCAGCUCAAGUGAAGUAGUUGGGAAAAAUUACAAAAAAAAAAUUUGCAAAAUGAAAUUCUUCACAAUUUUGGCCUUCGUUGCUGUUGCCAGCGCUGACGUGUCACAUUUGGGAGGCGGCGGAUACAACUAUCCUCAACCAGCACCACCAGCACCGCCAGCUCAAUAUAUUGCACCACAACCGGCUCCAUUGCCACAACCUCAACACUACUCGGCACCUCAACAACAAUACUUGCCACCACAAGAAGAAGUGCACCACGAAGCUCCACAGCAAUCAUACUCAGCACCAGCACCACAACCACAACAAUCAUACUUGCCACCAGCUCCACAACAAUCGUACUCAGCCCCAGCUCCUCAAUACUCAGCCCCUGCUGCUCCAGCUCCACAAUACGUUCCACCACCACCACAACCCCAACAAAGCUACUUGCCACCAGCCGCAGCUCCACAACAAUCGUACUCAGCCCCAGCUCCUGCUCCUCAUUACUCAGCCCCUGCACCUGCUCCUCAUUACUCAGCCCCUGCACCUGCUCCUCAAUACUCAGCCCCUGCUCCUCAAUACUCAGCCCCAGCCCCUGCUCCACAAUACUUGCCACCACAACAAGAGCAACACGUAGCUGAACCAGUCCACUACUCAGCUCCUGAACCAGUCCACUACUCAGCCCCUGAACCAGUCCACUACUCAGCUCCUGAACCAGUCCACUACUCAGCCCCUGAACCAGUCCACUACUCA